AUGGUAAUACACUCAAUUACGUCAAAUUGCUUCGAUAAUAAUGCAUUUUUAUCUCUCAUUCUGGCCACUAUUCUGCUCUUCAUCCUGAUACUACUCGUGGCCCCUACAAAUAUAUUCCAGCACUCUGAGUUCAUGAUGCCGACCAGCCAAAAUGCCAUUGUUUUCACGUGCUUGGCUCACCUGCAUGGUGUACGUACUCGGGCUCAGUUUAUAGUUGGCUUAUUGCGAGGGCUUUCGGCUAACCUUUCAGCUGAGGGUCGCCUCCGUGACAGUCUUGCCCAGGAGGUGUACCGUGUCUAUGGCAUAAGCCCACCAGAUGCCGCCAGACCCCAAAAUGUUCGAGUUAAAGCUCAGGCUCCCGAUCAACUGGUCACCUACCCCACCGGACUCAGCCUGGUGCUGUCCAGAGUUGAAGACGAAUCUCGGGGACCCACAGGCGGUGUUGGGCUAUCUAACCGAACCCAAUCACCCGACUGUCUCGAGAUUGAGCGUGAGGUUGUGAGUCCGGAGGACCCAGAGACUGCAGUAGUAAUUGCUGACAGUUUGGCCGAGAACCGGCCACCGAUUGUCCUCACACCUGAAGUUCGCCGAGAGGUCGAUGCCUUCCUAACUUGGAUUGACGGUUCGGGUCCAAGAGAGCCUGUCUUGAUCAUAGGACCUGAGGAUUGUGGCAAAACGUAA